GGUUAUGUGAGAAGUUCACACUUCAUAUUCCUCUUUACCUCUUCCAUUGAUUCCCUGCAGGGCUCCACUCCCCUUCUUCUCCCUUUGUGCGCGCCACCAACGGGGGUGGUGGUGGGAAGAGAAUUCGGAUCGCAUCGAGCUCGAGCUGCUUCGCGAAUCGAACAUAUGAUAUGGCUGGUGUGAUCAGCGCCCGUGCUGGUCUGAGCCAUUCCUUGUCUGUUACUCAGACAGUUCCGAAUCGUCCGCUGCAGGCUUCACAAUUGGCAACGAGGUGUACAAGCCCAUCAUUUCUUUCUGCUAAACUUUGCAAGACUCGUCCCCUGGUAGUAGUAGCAGCUAUGGAGGUCUCGAAGGAAGCCCCUUCUGCUGACUUUGCCAAUCGCCAGCCUUCCAAAGGGGUUCUUGAGACAUGGUGCAAUGCCGAUGCAGUGUGUUUUGAUGUUGAUAGCACGGUCUGCUUGGAUGAGGGUAUUGAUGAACUCGCUGAUUUCUGUGGGGCUGGGAAGGCUGUUGCUGAGUGGACUGCAAAGGCAAUGACAGGAACUGUUCCAUUUGAGGAGGCACUAGCUGCCAGGCUAUCGUUAAUUAAGCCAUAUCUGUCCCAAGUUGAUGACUGUUUAGUGAAGAGGCCUCCAAGGAUUUCUCCUGGAAUUGCUGACUUGAUUAAGAAGCUCAAAGCAAAUAAUACUGAUGUAUUCCUUGUGUCAGGAGGUUUUCGACAAAUGAUCAAGCCUGUGGCAUCUGAGCUUGGCAUUCCUCCUGAAAACAUCAUUGCAAACCAACUUCUUUUUGGAACAUCUGGAGAGUAUGCUGGAUUUGAUCCCACUGAACCCACUUCACGAAGUGGGGGUAAAGCACUAGCAGUCCAACAAAUUAGACAGAACCAUGGUUAUAAGACACUUGUUAUGAUUGGAGAUGGUGCAACUGAUCUUGAGGCUCGGCAGCCUGGAGGAGCAGACUUGUUCAUCUGUUACGCAGGUGUCCAGAUGAGAGAAGCAGUUGCAGCAAAAGCAGAUUGGGUUGUCAUCGAUUUUCAAGAACUAAUUUCAGAAUUGCCAUAAUUUAGUACCACACUGCAAUCCUAACUUUUGCAUUGUUGCUAAUGAGUGCAUGUAAUUGUAGAUGUCAUUGAAGCAUUACAAUUUUGAUGCGUGAUUAUUUAAUUGUAUGUAUUUUAUUUUUUAAUUUUCAUCUUUCCUCAACCUUACCUCCUUUUUAAAUGAUCCUGAGGCUCCUAAACUUGAUUCCUAUGCACUGAAUAUUGUGAAUAAAUUGUCUCAUAAGCAAUUGCUUGAGACUGCCAGAGUUAAGCCAUUUUUCUGUUU